CUGAUAAAAAAAAUGAGAAGCUCAUCAUUCUAAUGUUCAAGUGUGGAAUGAAUAAAAUUGUGUUUAUCUAACCGUAGAAUGCAGGAUUUUCGUCCUAGAAUACUUUAUUAAAAGUGCAGUGUUGUGCUGUCACUGUGUUUUUUUGUAAUUGCUCGUUAUUUACAAAAAUAAAUCAUGACUGAUAGUGUGCCGGUGCGAAAGAAAUAUCGGAGAGAGUCCUCAUCUCAAUCCUCAGAGUCAGAUGAUGAUUACACUCCAUAUGUGCCAGUCAAGGAUCGCAAGAAAGCCCAGUUGAUUAAUCUUGGAAGAUUGACUCAGCUCAAAGGAGAAACUUUGCAAAAAACAAAAUCAUCGAGUGAAAAUGAUGAAGAUGACGAAGAUAUGCAGAUUUUGGGACGAAAAUCUAAUAUUAGUUUAUUGGAUCAGCACACCGAGCUCAAGAAAAUGGCAGAGGCCAAAAAAGAAAGUGCAAUGGAAAAACAACUGAAAGAAGAAGAAAAAAUUUUGGAAAGUGUAGCAGAGAGGAAAGCUCUUAUGGGUGUAGCUGAAUUGGCGAAAGGUAUAGAGUACAAGAAUCCAAUCAGGACAAGUUGGCGAGCUCCCAGGUGUGUUCUUCUAUUAUCUGAAGCAAAAAGGAACAAGAUUAGGGAAAAAUUACACAUUUUAGUCGAAGGAGAUGAAGUGCCCCCUCCAUGCCGUACGUUCAAAGAAAUGAAGCUUAAUCCAGCCAUAAUUCAUGGCCUGGAGGCAAAAGGCAUCAAGAAACCAACGCCAAUCCAAAUACAAGGAAUACCUGCAGUAUUAGCUGGGCGUGACAUGAUAGGCAUUGCUUUCACUGGUAGUGGUAAAACUCUUGUCUUUAUUCUGCCUUUAAUGAUGUUUUGUUUGGAACAAGAAUACAAACUUCCAUUCAUGAAGAAUGAGGGCCCUUAUGGAUUAAUAAUUUGCCCGUCCCGUGAAUUAGCCAAGCAAACUCAUGAUAUUAUCAACUACUAUGCCCAACAUAUAAAAAAUGAUGGUUUACCGGCCAUCAGGUGCUGUUUAGCUAUUGGUGGAGCUCCUGUCUCUGAGGCAACUGACGUUAUCAGCAGGGGUGUUCAUAUAAUGGUAGCCACUCCCGGCCGGUUAAUGGAUAUGUUAGACAAGAAAAUAGUCUGUCUUGAUGUUUGCCGCUACUUAUGCAUGGAUGAAGCUGAUAGGAUGAUUGACAUGGGUUUUGAAGAAGAUGUGCGAACAAUUUUUUCAUACUUUAAGAGCCAAAGGCAAACUCUACUCUUUUCAGCUACUAUGCCAAAGAAAAUUCAAAAUUUUGCUCGCUCAGCUUUGGUUAAACCAAUCACAAUUAAUGUUGGGCGUGCUGGAGCAGCAUCAUUGAACGUUAUUCAGGAAGUUGAAUAUGUCAAACAAGAAGCUAAGAUCGUUUACAUGUUGGAGUGUCUUCAGAAAACAGCGCCCCCGGUGUUAAUAUUUGCAGAGAAAAAGCAAGAUGUAGAUGCUAUUCAUGAAUAUUUACUUCUAAAAGGUGUUGAAGCUGUAGCAAUCCACGGAGGCAAAGACCAAGAAGAAAGAUCAAAAGCUGUAGAAGCGUAUCGGAAUGGUCAGAAAGAUGUGUUGGUUGCAACUGAUGUCGCUUCCAAAGGGUUAGAUUUUGCUGAUGUACAACAUGUCAUUAAUUAUGAUAUGCCAGAUGAUGUUGAAAAUUAUGUCCACAGAAUUGGUCGUACAGGUCGCUCUGGAAAAACAGGAAUAGCUACCACGUUCAUCAACAAGUCAAACGAUGAAUCAGUCUUGCUUGAUCUCAAGCAUCUACUAAUCGAAGCCAAACAGAAAGUUCCUCCAUUUCUGGCGCAACUACAAUCAGAGAAUGAGAAAUAUCUUUAUCUUGGAGACGAGCGUGGCUGCAGUUACUGUGGUGGUCUUGGGCAUAGAAUUACGGACUGUCCAAAGCUGGAGGCCGUUCAGAACAAGCAAGCCUCAAACAUUGGAAGAAGGGACUAUCUCGCCAGCAAUGCUGCAGAUUACUAGGUGGUAUUGAGAAUGCCAAGCACAUCUUCCUCUCGGAUGACUUUGGCCUAUAUUUUAAUACAUUCGACUAUACGUCAACUAUCUUCUUUUCAAUGUUGAUAUUCCCAUUCUACGGGUAUGAGGAUGAAAAUAUUUCGACAGUGAAACUCCAAA